GGUAGUCGACUUAUUUUCCCGCUGGGGAUGAUGGGGAUGGAUAUGGCUGUCGGAAAUGUUGAAUCCAAGGGUAUCAGGCGGAUACACUCGUCAUCGAGAAAAGAUAGAUUACGAGGUCAUGAUGCUAAAGGGAAGAGGACAUCUGGUGUUCCCGUUUAAUGCGCACUUGUGUAUCUUGUAUUUUUGGGCUGCUGUUACAUGCCCUCGCAGCCUGAUCACACUGUGUGCUUGUUCUCGGUUGCACACUCCCAUGUCCUAGACGUAUUUAUCAGUUAUUCGGGAGUAUUCGGUGGUGUCCAUGUGUGGGAAAUUUUACCAGGGGAUUUAGCAGUGGGUUUUAAUGCUGGAUAAAUAAAUCCCACUGACGGUGAUCUGGAAUUGAUAAAAUGUGCGCAUGGAUAGGGGCUCAUGAUGCACAGGAAGGACAGGGACAGAGCGCGCGGGAACAAGAAGCUCCAGAGUACGUUCGUUAUGGUUUUUGUAAAGGUCUUGAGUGUCCUGAAGGUCACAAUGACAUAAAGAAGCUCAGACGUGAAAACGAGCAGUUGAGACGUGAGAUAUGGUGUCUGAGGGAGGAGUACGACAAGUUGGAGGAGAUACUCAAGAGCCAAAAGUCAAGGGAGGAUAGUGAAAACGACGAGGAUUUAAGUGACGACUGUUCAAGCGGUUCAAACCAGGAGGAAGACGACGACGACGAAGAAGAAGAAGAUUCAGAGGACGAAAUAAGUGAUCCCUCCAAGUCCCCCGAAAAGCUGAUAACCCGCGAGUCAAUCCAGGAUGAGCUUCUGGAAAAUGCUGAGAAUCAAAAGCUAUCGACUGAGAAAAUGAACAGUAUUCACCGAUUGCACGUUGACUUUGAUAAAUUAUCAACAGUAACCGAGGAGGAUGAGACAAAGCGCGAUAAGAUCCCCCGUAAAAAAGAUGAGAGAGAAUUAAUUAAAGCCGAGGGACCAGUAACAAAUGAAAUAUCCCAGAAAAGAGAGGACAGUUACUUGACCGGACACACAUUUAAUUGGAUAUACAGUCCCGAGUGUCCAGUACAAGCUUCCGUAAACGAUCAAUCUGUCUGCCGUCCACAAAGCCCAAGUAUCCAGCAUUUAAUCAGCAACGACGCUCCACAACUCCCCCCUCUCGGUUGGGAAGCGAUUUUUGAUGUGAAUCCAAGGACAAAUUCGACUGCUCCAAGACUAUUACCCGAGGAAUUGACCCUCCCAUUAGUCUGCGAUAACAGCAAUGGACAAAAGACAUCACCGGAUAUAUGUGUUUCUGGUGCUGUACCAAACCAAUUACACAAUUCCCAAAGCUCUGACAAUUUACUAUCAAAUCAGCGUGAUAAUUUGGAUAAGAGCCUGUCACACUCGUGUCAAGAGUUGAAAUCCAAUUUAUUCAGGGAUGAGAGAAUGAUCAAAGGUGGCUUAGCUGCUAAGAGUUUACCUGAUAAUUCCAAGGCCAGCCCGAAGGCCUUUCGCAGCCAGUUGAGGGUACAUUUGACUCAACCGUCUGAAAAAUUACCGGAUGUACCACCGCAAAUGCCACGUCUCGAUUGUACUUUAUGCCCACCGACAUCAGAUGAUCGUCGACAUCGUAGAUUACUACGACAGCUACAGCUCCAGGAUUACCAGGCAACGUCCUUCGAGCAUCCCAAUCCCCAAAGUUUAACUUUACCCGUAUCCAUGAAACCAUUCAUCCCAAGGCCAGACAAGACAAUUUAUCGGGACAUUGAUUACCUUCCUGUUUGGUCGGAUGUACCACCACCACCGAGAGUCGAUACACAAACGCAAACCCAGAGUCCAAGUCCAACGCCGAGCAGUAGUUCAGGACAGGAGGUGCGCAAGGAUGAUGGGAAGUCGUUGAAAUCAUCGAAGUCCAGUCCGGAGAAGAAGAGAGGGAGGAAAAAAUCGGAGAGGCUGUCGACACCUUCCAUGGAGGGACAGAGAAAGCAGAAGAAUAGGAAUUCACAGGCCUCGAAGCGAAGGACAUCAUCGAGGAGCCAGAGCAUACCUCCUGCUGAGGGAGAGCUGAAGAAUUUCAAGGACACGAUUGCUGGGGGAAUCGAGGCGGAGAAGGAGUUCAGGAAGAAUAGUAUUGCUACGGAGAAGGUGCCAUGGUGUGCUUGCUGGGGGAAUGGCUGCCUUUGAAGAUGAUACGACGAUUAAUGAGGGAAAACAGAGAGUGAAAGAACACCGGGAGUUCUCGGGUGUCAUCCGACUGGGUGGCAAGGAAGCUCAGUUGUCAAGGCAACAUGUACGAGAAUUCGGUUCAUCUGUCAGGAUUAAGAACCGGAGAAAUGGAACAUCUCGGGUUGCAGGGAGGAGGAUUCGAAGAGUUCAGGGAUGUCGUCUUCAGGGAGGAAGAAGGUGCCUUUAUGCAGUUUGUGAGGGAUUAUUUAUCUUUGAAGCUCAUGUGAUAAUUAAUUCAUUAGGUCAUAGUCAUGGGGUGCGAGGGUGAGGAGAGGUUGAAGAGCGAAAUGCUCCGGUAUCGUUUCGUUUAGUUCGAUAAUCAUGAAAACGGAGAACUGAAUGAGAGGAAGAAGUAUAGAAAAACUUUGGUAUUGAUGAGGGUUCUUGUCGAGGAGUUUAUACUAACGAUCAAUAAAAAAUUUUUAGAGGUC